AUGGCGGCCGACAAUAACGAGGAUAAUCUGGCGACGCGUGAGUCUGGCGAGGCCCCGGACGAGUGGACGGAGAGUGACAGGGCGGACACGGGGGUUGUGACACAAACGGGGGACGAGGAGGAAGAGGAGGCGGAGGCGGGGGCGGAGGGGGAGGGGGAGCAGCAGGAAUACGGGGAAGGGGGGGCGGAGGCAGAAGGAGAAGAUGAGGCGCUGUUGUCGUUUCUGGAGGAGCAAGGCGAGAGUGUGACGGUCCCUCUGUACUGGUCUGCCGUGAAGAAGAUAGUCGCAGGGUACAUUCAAGCCAACGGACUGCAGAAGGGCAAGUGGAUCACAUGCGACGAUGCGUUACAAGCUCUCUGCGAUACCGAUAGAAGCACCCAGGCUCAGUUCUACUACACUCUUGCCACGCAUUACCCCGUUAAAAGCUCUAUCAAGGUGCCUCGGCGGCUGCUGAAGCGGCAAGUAGAGGAGGAGGCUGCUAAGAUGGGAGUGGGGGAGAAGGGGAAGAGGAAGGGGAAGGGGGCGAGAGGAGGAGAGGAGGAGGAAGGAGGAGAUGAGGAGGAGGAGGAGGAGGGGGGAGAUUUGGACGAAAAGGAGAGGGAUGAGCAGGGAGAGGAGGAGCAGGAGCAGGAGGAGGAGGAGAGGAAAGGAGAGGGAAGGAGGGGGGAGGAGGAGGACUCAUGGGAGAAAGAUUGGAGUUCAAGGGAAGGAGUGACACAGGAACAUGACAUGGCGGAGGAAAACGAAGAGCAGAUGAAGACUGGUAAGGAGCAGCAGCCGCAGCAGCAGCAGGAUGAGGAAGAAGCAUUUUCUCAAGACUUUGGUUCAAGGGCUAAUUCGGAGCCGAGUCCGCGAAAGAGGAAGCGCGGCCGCCCCCCCAAGGCCUCUCGAGACAACCCAUCCGCCACCACCGCUACAGCCGCCUCUACAGCCGCUGCUACAGCCACCGAACCCAACCACACCCGCUACUCCGAUCCAUUCGCUUCUGACCCCUUCUCCUCAGACCCAGACGCUCCUGAAGUCACCGACCUUUUCGCCCCCUCCCCCUCCGCCCGGGCCCAUUCGGACCCUUUCGGCCCGUCCUCCUCCGCGUUCCCCCCGGCUCCACCCGCUCCCCCCCCGGGCCCUGAGUGUGGGUAUGCGGCGGUGACGCUGGCGAAUCUGGGCGGGGUGUUUCUGAAGCGGCGGCAGCUGGAGGGGCUGCUGGCGGAUGAAGGGUUUGACCGCAAGGUGGUGGGCACCUUUGUGCGGAUCCGUGUGCCGGGCCCAGCGAACCAGACCGAGGCGUGCUACCGUCUCGUGAGGGUGACAGGUUGCACGAGUCAGACGGAGAUGUACCCCGUGGGAAAGGGCCUGACCAACAGGGUGCUGCUCAUAAUGAACCUCAAGACACCAGAGGCCACCACCAUCGACCUGGUCUCUAACUCCGACUUCACUGAGGAGGAGUGUCAGAAGCUGCGGCAGUACAUGAAUUGGGGGCUAGUGGAUCGACUCACUGUGGACGAGGUGGCAGCCAAGGAGAUCGAGCUGCACGAGCUCAAAGUGAAUCAGUCUGUUCUGAUUCGCAUCCCCCUCCUCCCUUCUCAUGUGCAUCUCCCUUCCCCUGUCCCUUCUUUCUCCUCUGACGAGGUGGCAGCCAAGGAGAUGGAGCUGCAUGAGCUCAAAGUGAACGAUUGGUUGGAUGCAGAGCGAGUGAAGCUGACCAAUCUGAGGGACAGGGCCAGAGAGCCUACUUGGACCUAA